AUGGGAGAUACAGACACCGACAAAGUUGCAGAGACAAAGCUUGACAAAUCUAAUUUCACCUGUCAGGACUCUGGACAAGACGAUGAUGAGAUUGGAGGAAAAAAGUCAUGUGACCUAUGCAACCCCCGCCAUUGGCUACAUCGUUACUUCCCCGUUUUGAUUCUCCUCUGUUUCCUAUUGUUCGGAAGUUAUUUCGUCAACGACAUCCCAGGAUCUUUGCAAGACGUGAUGGUCCGUGACCUUGACCUCUCAGAGACUGAGUUCAUGGCCUUCUACGCCUUCGAGGCGUGGCCCAACGUUGUCUUGUGCAUCGUGGGUGGCUACAUGAUUGACGGCUUGUUCGGCGUUAGGCUGGGAGCGAUCGUCUUCAGUGUGCUGGUCACUCUUGGACAGGCUAUGUUCGCGUUGGGUGGUUUUAUAAAUAACUACGUGCUGAUGUGUUGUGGUAGAUUUGUCCUCGGGAUAGGAGAGGAGUCCCUUGGUAUUGCACAGAGCACAUUCGCCACCAAGUGGUUCAAAGAGAAGGAGCUCAACAUGGUGUUUGGUCUUCUGCUCAGUUUCUCUCGUCUGGCCAGCACAGUAGCUAUGAACGUAAUGCAACCUUUAUAUAACUUGGUAGACCAAGCUGUUCAUGGUUACAAAGGGCUUGGCAUAACUCUGUUCAUAGCCGUGUUUGUCUGCUUUAUGUCAGCCUUAUGUGCAGUCAUUUUGUCGUUUUUUGACAAAAGAGCGGACAAAAUAUUGUCCAGAUCCAAAGUUGAAUCAGAUGAAAAGAUCAAACUGAAGGACAUUCUAAAAAUACCAAUGAUGACCUGGAUAAUGACCUUUAUUUGUGUCACUUUUUAUGUUGGGGUUAUGCCAUUUAUCAGUCUAGGACUGGUGUUUUUUGUCAUGAAAUUUGGACUGACGCCAGCAACUGCCAGUACUUUGAACAGUUUAGUGUACAUAAUUCCAGCAGUUGCAUGUCCUCUUCUGGGUUUCUGUAUAGAUAAAACUGGCAAAAAUAUUUUCUGGGUCAUCGGUGGCAUAUCAUUGGCCUUGGUCAGUCACAUGAUGCUUGCCUUCACAUUUGUUAACCCAUACAUCCCAAUGGUUGUUUUAGGCUUUUCAUAUUCCGUUUUGGCAAGUUCAAUUUGGCCUCUCGUAGCUUUUGUUGUACCAAAUAAACAAUUGGGCACAGCUUAUGGCAUAAUGCAAGCUUUUCUAAAUCUGGGAUUAGGUGUUUGUUUUAUAUUGGCCGGGCUAGUUUUGGAUAAAUUUGGAUACCUCAUUUUGGAGAUAUUUUUCUUAGCUUGGCUUUGUUUGUGUUUAAUAGCUGCUAUAUUAUUAUAUCUUGUAGACUUAAAUAAAGGCGGCCACUUAAAUCUUUCUACAAAAGAAAGAGCUCUUCAAAAAAAGAAACAGAAAGAAAUGGAGAAGUUAAAACAGUUAAAUGAGGAUCAAAAUGAAUCAGCGAAAACAGAUAUAGAUGUAGCUGAUAUAACAGAAUAAUGAUUUGUAUGUGAGAUCUGUUUUUAAGUUAAAUAAAAAAAGACACAUGAAAAUGACAAACUUAUCUCUAAUUAUUUUCUUUACUUGACAUGAAUAUAACUGCCAUGUUGGUUAAAUUCAGUGCCUUCUUGACCUCAUCUAAUGUAUCAGCGUUUUUAAAACAAGGGUCCAUUUGGAAACCUCCAUCAGUAUAUGUUUUAAAAACUCUUAGCUUUUAUAAAUACCAGUUAAUUAAUGAAGUUGCUUUCAAGUCCAGCUUUUGUAAAUACUCGUUAAUUAAUAAAGUUGCUUUCAAGUCCAACCUU